AUGUCUUUGUCUGACGACGGGCCUUCACUCGUAACGUGCAAGUUAUACUUGUACUUCAGCUUGUUGUAUGUCCUCGGUCUUUGUGAAAUACGCUCUUGUCUGAAAAUCGGUUAUUUCCCCUUAAUUCGUCUUUGCCGGUACUUAUUUUGGUAUAUGAAAUUCUCGAAACUAUUUUAUGAUUAUCAUACAAUAAAUUCUUUCAUCAAGCUUAAGUGGAUAUCAUUUAAUAUCCAGACAUUAAUGAUUUUAUUUUAGAUGUUGGUCUUCCUGAUUCUUUUUCUGAUUUCGACUUCAUUGGAACAGGGUAAGAUACAUCGUGAAUGUGAAUCAGUAUCCGCAUGUUUAGUAAAUAUAGGAAGGAUUAUUUUCUCUUUUAUAUUUAUCAGAACAGCAGGAAAUAAAUUCUUUGUUUUCAAGUUAAUCAUUAUUCGACGACAAAACACUGUUUGCUUAAUAAAUUAUACGCGCACCAUUAAAUUCCUAAAAGGCUGAAAAACUUGUUGACCUAAAGAGUAUAAAGUAUAUCAAUUAUUAAAGCAAUUAUUUUCCUUUGCUUUUGAACACAUGCACGCUUUACGCUUAUAUGCAGGUAUGCAUGCGCCUUUCGCAAUGACAGCAUUGAAUUUGAUCUGAACACGUUCCAAAGCUAAGUGUGAUAUUCUAUUUAGCAAUAUUUUGGAAAAAAACUUUUUAUUAAGAGAUUUUAGCCAAUAGACUUCGUGAUAUUUGCUGUGGACCGCGUAGUUCAGUUGGCAGAGCAUUGGGCUAGUAUUCCAAAGGUCGUAGGUUCGAAUCCCACCGUGGCCAGGCAUAUUUUUCAAGCCUGCCCGGUGUGGAUAUACACUCAGAGUAACAUCACACAAGCAUUUAGACUUCGUUUGGACAUUUGUACCCACUUUUUCCGAAGAUGAUAUUCUUACUCAGGAGAAUUACGUUAAUCCGUGCAUAAUUUUGCACUGCAUGUUCUACACAGUUUACGUUUGUCAAAACUCUUCAUUAGUGCCAAAAAAUGCCAAAGAAUUAUUUCUAUAAAAGCCGUUCGGACGUAUUUGUUAAAUUAAAAUACUUUUAAAAUGUCAUAAUUUUGAAAAAUAACAUUUGCUAAAUUGUACAAAAACCAAGCAAACUUUAUUCAGACAGCAAAAUGUUGCUUAAUUUAUUAAUACAGCAAGUAUUUUCCAUACAGUGAAAUACACGUAUAUAUUAUUUAACUUAUUUACACUAUUAAACCAGAAUUAAAACAAAAUGUCCUCAGUAAUAUAGAAACAAGUCCUUAAUAUAAAAACCAUUCCAAAAAACAACAAUAUUGACAAGUUAAGAAAGUCAUUGGAACACAAAUAUGUAAAACACAUAACAAACGACACGACGCAUACAUAUCAAGUUAAAAAGUCAUUAGAACACAAAUACACAUGGUGUAUGAGUGGAGGAGCCCCUAAGAUCAUAUUCUGUUAUGUUAUGUUAUGUUAUGUUAUGUUAUGUUAUGUUAUGUUAUGUUAUGUUAUGUUAUGUUAUGUUGUGUUGUGUUGUGUUGUGUUUUGUUGUGUUGUGUUGUGUUAUGUUACCAAAUCGCACCCGUUGCCCUCAGCAACGUUCCGUUAUCACUGGCUACUUGACUACCACAAGACGUGCACGAAGUUCAGUCUCGGCCACCCCUUUGCGAUCUCAACCAAAGUCAAGGAUUUCAUUUUUAUGUUUUUUUUUUAUCUUUUGAAUCUAAAUAAAAUGGUACGUUGGCGUAAAUGGAAAGCUACAUUGCAACACGCCAUGAUAGUCUGCGAGCAGGCACCCCAGAUCGACACGCAAGAUUCCUAGACUAACUUGGUUCAUACUUUAAUUGAUAGCUCGGUUCUAUUAUUGUUCUCCCUGGAGAUCGAGUAUCGCCCAUUCCGCCUGGCGCAUACGAUAGAUACUUGCUGAGGUAACUGCCUCGUGUGGCGACUACUUCAACAUGUUUCUCGUGUGCGGAUAGUUUUCGUAAGGAUUUAACCUCUCGAGGCCUUGAGGAAAAUAUCUGGAGAGGAAAAGAUCUCAACGUCUGCAGAUGUUGUGAACCUAGUUUAGUGCUGAGCUGCUUAAAUUAAGUAGCCAAUGAGAACCCACAGUUUCUAGAUAUGACGUUGGUCAAAAUGGCGACAAUGGAGGGAAAUGCAAACGAUCUUAUCAACGAUGUUGCUGUUGAUCAGUAGUUUUCUCAACGUGCGUGCAUGGUGAAAAUGCAUAGCUGCAGGGCUAACGGCUAUGCAUUUCGAGGUGGUUAACUCAGCAAGUUUUUCUCGUGUGCGACGGGCUUUAAACGUCUAUUGUUAUUACAGGAAGAGAUUUUAACUAAACUAACUUUAUUUGUAUCGAAUGGCUCUGUAUCAGUUCCGCGCUGUUCUCCGCAGAGAUCUAGUAAGCGCCAUCCCUAGUUGAUCCCAGGUUAUUGCAGGAGAAAAAGCGCCAUCCCGAAUUGAUGGCAGGUUACUACAGGAGAAAACCUGAGAUAUUUGAGACUAACUGGAAACACUCUCCGCGAAUGCAAUGGAGGAACUUUUAGCCAAUUCAGAGUUUGCACUGCGCAUGACGUAGUCUGUGUUGUGAUAAAUUGCAGUUGAAUCGUAACAUAUGCAUGUGGUUGAGACUGGAAGAUGGGCCAGGUCAAUCAUUAUUUGUGUUUCACUGGUAAUCAUAUUUUGUCUUCUGUGUAAAGCAAAAGAAAGAAAGAAAGGUUUACCUAACUAAUUGUUCUUUUGAGCAACUUUUGCAUAUCCAAAUGAUAAUUGAACAGUUGAAUAUUUUGACAUGCAUAUUCGUAUUCUUCCUGUCUUAGCUUCAUGUUAUAGUUAAACAGCAAGUUAUCGCGCGCAUCAUUUCAAUGCGCAGUGCAGACUAGGAAUUUGCUGAUAAUCAGAGUAUUGGACUAUUGCGGGACAAUAUUCACACCUCAGUCACAAACCACAUGCCAUAAGCACUGGGCUACCAACAUAGCCCCUGACACCUAUGCGCCUUUUGUAUAAUUCCUAGUGAAGAAUCUAUAUUCUUGAUUUUCUCAGAUGAUUUCAAAACGAAACGAAUACCUGAUAUUCUGUAUGAUCAACUAAAUAUCAAAGACAAGGAACUCUUGAACAAAUUAAAGAAAUAUGAAAUUGUCCAUCCCGAAGAUGCAACACCUAUUGCCAAUGAAUUCCCAGAUUUUUAUAGCCAGGUAAAUAAUUUUUUCUGUGGCUGCGUGUUAUUCUUUUUUUCAUGUCAUGGUUCACUUAAAUUUGGUCUGCUUUGUUAUCAAUAUUUCAUAAUUCAAGAAAAAAGGAAUUAUGAAAGGAAUAUGUUUUGCAGGAUGAGGCGGUUGAGAGAAGUAUAUCUUUCCUGCAAAAUGGGAAGAACGUAGUCCUUGAUCUUGUUCCAAACAGGUUUGACAUCUUAUUUCUUUAGUGAACUACUAAAAUGCUUAAUAUUAACUGGAUACUGACCAGUGCAGCAGCUGGCCAUAAUAGAUCAGUUAGAUCCCGUUUGUACCGAAUUGAAAAUAUUUCAUGCUAUUUACAGAAACUUGGUGUCACCUCGAUAUAAGGAGAGAUAUUACCUUCCCGAUGGAAACGCUGUUUUGAGAAAGGUUUGCUAAAAGGCUAUAAAUUCAUAAUGUGAGUGAAUUGGGUGGCAUCAGGUUUAUAAUAUUCUUGGCCUUAAUUUCUUCCUGUAGCGAACACACAACUGUUUUUUCCAUGGUCAUGUAAGGAGUGAAGAGAAUUCAAAUCUUGCUUUGACCACAUGUGAAGGUUUUCAGUAAGUUGAUAUUUGUACUACUCAGGGCCGCCCAGAUGGGGGGGGGGGCAAAGAUGGUAAUUUUCCCCGGGCCCCAGGCUUAAGAGGGCCCCCAAAAGGGAAUUUUAGGGACUGGAACAAGUCCCCAGUACCUUCCAAGAGGGUAUUUUGCCCCGGGCCCCCAAAAAGCUCUGGGCGGCCCUGCUUGGACUGGAUACUUCUGUCGGUUCUAAACUGUUCUCUCUAUAGAGAAGUCAUCAUUGAAGUCAUCACUUAUUGGUCCAGUUUUACUACAGGGAAGAACCUAAACUAAGUUAACUUUAUUUAUACUGGAUAGCACUAACAUUUCUAAGCUGUUCUCCCUAGAAGCCUAGUAAGAGUCGCCCUUUAUUGAUCCAGUGUUACUAAAGGAAGGAACCCAUUAAACUAACUUAUUUUAUACUGGCUAGCUCUAACAGUUGUGAGCCCUUAUCUGUGGUUUGUUUUCAUAGUGGUUACUUCAGAAGAAAUGACGAGGCUUUCUUCAUUCAGCCAUUGUUUGACCAAGAUCAAAAGGUAUAAAUUUCAUGUUUGCCAUGCACCACGCCCAAUAUUCACUGUACUGUUUCGUCAUUUUACUCUUACUGUAAUGUGGUAGCUAAUUGUAUUUGAUGUGGAAAAUUAUUGAUCAUUUGUAAUUUUUUAGGGAGUCGCCCACGUCAUCUAUAGUCCCAAUGAUAUUAUUGGAGAGAAAUUUCAAUGUCGUAAGUUAAAAGAUAUAUAUAAAAACUCAAAGUUAAAAGAUAUAUCUAAAAACUUUAAAAAAGUUAUUUUUAGAAGGUCAUUAAUAAUUCAUGAGGGAAAGACAAAUGAAAUCAUUACCUUGUCGAUGGUUUUAUAUGUGAUUAAAAAAUCAUGUUCAUUUACAUCAACUUUAGCUUUGAUUUUUUCGGCAUAGACAACGUUUAUUUUUAAAAUUACUUCGCCAAUGAACUCUUUAGAUGGCUCGUUUUUUAAGCCAUUUAAAACAUUAGUCCGCUAGAACUGCAUAUUAUUAUUGUAUAAUCUUCUGUAUUUGUAUAGUUUUCUCAGGGACCUUCUGAAAAACACAACUUGUGAUGUUGGUUUUCCUGAAUAAAUACUAUUAUCAAUCAAUCAAUCAAUCAAUCAAUCAAUCAAUCAAUCAAUCAAUCAAUCAAUCAAUCAAUCAAUCAACUGUUGGUGCUAUCCAGUUAUAAUAUUCUAUUUUCCUAUUUAGUCUAA